AAGAACAGAGCAUUAGCGCCGCGCUUCCAAGUUGAUUCUGUGGAGGAAAAAAAAUCAGCGGAGAAGAUGGCCGCCCUCCCUUCGAAUGGCAUUCUGAUCGGCGACAAGACCUACUCGGGCGUCAUGAUCUCCCUGGAGAACUGCCUGAUCUCUGAGGAGAAGUGCGCCCUGACUCCGUCUAUCCUGGACGGCCUGGACCUGGACACCGAGACCGACCUGCGCUGUGUGGGCUGCGAGCUCAUCCAGGCAGCCGGCAUCUUACUCCGGGUGCCUCAGGUUGCCAUGGCUACCGGGCAGGUUUUAUUUCAACGGUUCUUCUACACCAAAUCCUUUGUGAAGCAUUCAAUGGAGCAUGUUGCAAUGGCCUGUGUCCAGUUGGCAUCCAAAAUUGAGGAGGCACCAAGACGUGUUAGAGAUGUGAUUAAUGUGUUUCACCGGCUGCGACAGCUGAGAGAAAAACAGAAACCGACGCCAUUGAUCUUGGAUCAGGAGUAUGUUAACUUGAAAAACCAGAUCAUUAAAGCAGAGAGGAGAGUCUUGAAGGAAUUGGGUUUUUGUGUUCACGUCAAGCAUCCUCACAAGAUCAUCGUAAUGUAUCUCCAGGUAUUGGAGAGUGAAAAGAAUUCGCAUCUUGUCCAAACUUCAUGGCUAGCCUCUGAGGGUAAGUGACUAAGACUUCUCCUCUGCUGUCCAAGCGCUUUGGUGCAGGGAUAGCUGCCGUCUUCAGUCAAUCCCAA